AUGCGAGAAUUUGUCGACCGCAUCAAAGGUCUUGCGGUCAUAGCCACCGGGGGCGGUACUUUCGCCGAGCCGCUCGUUCUAGCACGGCCUGAAGGCAAAUCAGCCUCGAGGGAAGGGAAAGCGGACGGCCACGGCCGGGACGGAGAAUCGAGCUGGGACAGAGUACUGGGAGGCUGUGGCCUGGAAGACCGAGUCAUCGGCAUGCGUCUGGAAGGGCAGCCUGGGCCAAUGCGUGAAGUUGGUCGGCAUCAAAGCAGUUCCAAGAUCUUGAACGGUACACGUUCGACCACGGUGAUACAGGUCCAUUUUCAUCGGCAAUCGAGAGACAUCGGCGAUCAAUCUGGAAGGCAAAGAAACCCGGGCCGGAGUGGUUUCUUUGUGUCGUCUUGUGAGGACCUGUACUUCCUGGGGUGGAGAUUCGCUCUUCCUGGCCUUGGACUUGCGACCCAGGAUGACUUCGUAGCCGUCGCACACAUGGCCGUCCUGUUCGCAUCGAAGGCACGCAAAUUAGCAAUGUCACCGCGGAUUCCUGGGUUAGCGGAUUCCAUCAUGUAAUGGGGAAGACAAUUGUUUGCUUGGUGUACCAUGUUUUACAGCCAGUUCUCACUCUGGGGGCCUUUGCCCUCGUCCACUUCUUGGGCUUUUCCUUGACAGUUGACAUCAUUACAUGGUUUUUGUCGGUCGGGUUGGAUAUUAUACCUGCAUCCAUGGAACGUUGUCUGGAGCAUAUUUCUU